CAAUCAUCUUUUUACCAUCUACAGCACUACCAACUCACACAGUUGGCAGCAGUACACAUUACUUCAAAAGACAUAUGCAUGGUUUUUUCACAGAAAACAAUAUCACACUGCAUAGGUUUAAAAUUUACAGGACAGUUCAUAGCACUAUGACCUAACUCAUACAGGGUAGUCAACAUUAUACUCUUUUUCGAGUAUUCAGUUCAGAUGGAUAAAAAGAAGAACUUCUCGGUUGACCUGAGUAAUUUUAACAACAUUGCAAGUACAGUCUCAAGCUACCUACUUCUUGUGGUCCUGUUUCUGAUCAGCCUGUCAUUGCUUAUUGGUGUCAAAAUGAAUCGAGGUAGUCUGGUUAUUCCAUUUUUGGCUGUGCAAACAAUGGAUUUUCUCCUGAGUUGUAUGAUAUUCUUUACUAGUUACAGCGAGAUACCCUCAAGGCAAGAAGCUUUAAUAGAAAGUAACAAGGCAGUAUCCAAGCUGGACACUCAGUCUACAGGAUGGAGAUAUUUUCAGUUGUGCCUCGGACUGAUGAUCACCUGUAGCUGCUAUGUUGAGUUUCCCACCUACUUAAACUUGAAGACUUCAAAUUAUCUUCCUUACUUUUCGGUGUGCAUGUCUUCUGAGAAAUACAUCAAGAAAAUGAUCAUCUUCUUGGUGCUCCAUGCGGCCGUGAUCUUGUAUAAGGCAUUUAUGAUCUGUUGUAUCUGGAGAUUCUUCAAAGGUGCAAAUGCUUUUGUAAAGAAUCAAACAAAUGACGAGCAUUCUCUGAAACAAAUCUCAAAGACAACACUUCCAUCCUACAAGGAAGCUGUUAAAAUAGAAUUCAAAGAUUUACCCCCUCCAUAUGCCGCUGCUUAAGUACAAGUCUGCACAAUACAUCCUGCUUCUAUGUUAUAAGCUUCCUAUCAUCUGAUACAAGAUGCAGAGAGAAAAAAGUGGUGCAAUGUCCAACCUACUACAAGCAAGUACACGUGGAUCCUGCCUCUUAAAAAACAAAAAGAUUUUAAGACAUAGUAAUGGGAUGCAUUAUUACGAUAUAUCAAAACAAUGACACUGCUGUUUUUACAGGGACAAAGAUUUAAACAGACAUAAUUUGAGCUAUCUUUGACCUGCUUAAAAGGCUUUUUAACAAUUCAGUUUUUGUGGGCUUGGUGCAUUUUAAUGCUAUUUUUUUUAAAAAGAGUGAUUUCAAGGGGAAAUGCUCAAAGCAGCAUUAAAACAGCACUAAAAAAGAAAAGCAACAUGUUACCUUUUUUGGGAACUUUGAAAAAAAACACCAGAAAAAAAAAUCUAAAAUGCCUGUACUUUAAAUACCAUGGGGGAGAAUUAUCAAAGGACUUAGACUGGUUUUUCCCAUUUAAAAUUGUUGCACAGAAACUUGCAGUCUAAAUACGUGCAACUUUUUCGCAACUUUUGCCUUAGAGGAUUUUUAGUACAUGAUGCAUUCUAGUCUAUUUUAGGGCAGUCUAGUCUAUUUUAGACAGAAAAAUGCAUUGGUGCUGAAUUUAUCAAUAAAGACUUUUCAGCAAAAAGUCGCAUUGGCCGAAAGUACACUGAAAUUUCCGAACAUACUGGAGCAGGUUUAAAUACAGUCUAAACUGUAGAUCGUGAAGUCUUUGCGCAUAAUUUAUCAAGAGCCGUGUGACUUUUGAUAGAUUAAACGCACAAUAGACCGGCCUAACCCUCUGUGGGUUGGUCUAAAUUGAUGCGGGAAAUAGACAACUUUGAUAACCUCCCCCAUGUGUAAAAAACAUGCUGAUUUGCAAGCUGUAUUGGAGGCUGUUUUUCCUGGUGGUGUAUAAGGCUAAGUUUCCACUUGUUUUUUUUGGGGGGGGGGGGGGAAAUUUCAAGAAAAAUGCCAAUUCUGCUGCAUGGCGUUUUUUCGGCCAAAAAAACGCUGCGGCCAGAUGUUAACUGUAAAUCAAUGAGACAUCACAACAUUUUUUUUCCACUCUGCGUUUUUCAGUUUGGCAUUUUUUUUAUCCUUUUGGCGUUUGUUUGCUCUUUUUUGUUGUUUUUCAGCUCCUUGGCUUUUUUGCAAAGUCGCAGCUAGAAGUCUAUGGGAGAAAAAAAAACGCCAAGAAAAACAACAUGUGGGUUUUAACUUUGGUGUUUUUUCAGGCAUUUUUUUUAUUCUUUUUUGGACUUUAGCGAUCCAAAAAAGUGGAGAUACCUUUUUUUAAUAAAAUUUCGUAGGGUACCAUUAAAAAAAAUAUAUUAAAAAAGAUACAGUAGUGAUGGAAAAAAUUGGAUUUAACAACAUUUUUCUUCAUUAUAAUGAAAUUUUUAUUCAUUUUUAAACAGCGAUCAAUUUAUGUGGGCAGGCAGGGCACUGAAAAUGUAGCCGACAAUAAUAAAAAUGUAAUGUGUGCGUUUUUCACUUAAAAAAUCUUUUUUUAGGUAUCCUUCUGUAUAAUGUAUAGAUGCGGCCGGCCGCUCUUCUA